UAAAGGAUGCAUUGAAGGAAAAUGCAAUAAUGAUGGCACAUGUGACUGUGUGGAAAAUUUUGAAGGACAUAAAUGUGACAAGUGCGUUCUAGGAAAAUACGGAGAACUUUGCAAUAACGAUUGUAAAAAUGAGUUUUGCGAAUGCACUAACGCAACCAAUUGUAUUUCCUGCAAGCCUGGCCAUUUUGACUUCUCUUCUCUUUGUUCGAAAGAGUGUUCCGUAGGCUGUAAGGACAAUUGUAACAAUGAAGGCCACUGUACAUGUCAUUUGCAAUUUUCCGGAAUAAAAUGUGAAAAUUGUAAACCUGGAUAUCACGGUGACAACUGCACCACGCCAUGUACAAAAGGUUGUAUCAAUGGAAAGUGCAAUAGAGAUGGGACUUGUGACUGUUUACCCAAUUUUACCGGACUAAUGUGCGAAACCUGUGUUGCAGGAGAGUAUGGAUUUCUUUGUGAUACACCUUGCGGACUAGGUUGUACAGACAAUAUCUGUAACAAAGACGAUGGCACAUGUACUUGUGAAGUCAACUACAAAGGUGCACUUUGUAAUAUUUGUAAUGACGGCUAUUUCGGUAUUCUUUGUAACUCAGUUUGCCCGGAUCGCUGUUUUAAUUGCUCUACAACUGCAAACUGCUACACGUGCAAAGAAGGUUAUUUUGGUUUAGACUGUUCACUCAGCUGCUCGGCUAAUUGCGUCGGGUCAAGUUGCGGAAAAAGUAACGGCCUUUGUUUAGAUGGUUGCCUAGAUGGAUUUACAGCUGACUCUUGCAAUGACUCUUGUGAUGGCUUUUGUAAAACAUGCUCUCAGACAAAUUCUACAUACUGCAAAUCAUGUUUCGAUGGAUUUAGCGGAUCUGAGUGUAAAUGUAUUCCAAACUGCCGAUGUGAAUUAAAUAGUGGAGUGUGUAAUGAGUGCACAAAUGGAUUUGAAAUGAAAAGCAAGGAUUGCAAAUGUAACAGAAGUUAUUGUUUAAAUAGCACGCAUUGUACAACGUGUCAAAAUAACACGUUUUAUUCUUAUAAUGGUACAUGCUGUGAGUGUAACACACAUUGUAAAAAUAAACAAUGUUCGUCAGAGGGCCACUGCUUAAAUGGCUGUGAGGACGGAUAUACCGGCGUAGAAUGUGCUGAUGUAUGUACAGAUUAUGAUGGCAACUGUACAAAAUGCAAUCAGACUGAACCUUUCUGUGUUCGAUGCCAACCCGGGUUCUCACCAAACACAGAUGGUGUAUGCACUUCAUGUUCUGGUUGUAUUGAUAAAGCAUGUGAUACUGAAAGUGGUGUUUGUAGCAUAGGGUGCAGACCAAAUUUUUGGACCAAUACUUGCGAAAAAGAGUGUAGCUCAAACUGCAGUGUGUGUGACCAAGUAUCUGGCAUAUGCAUCGAAUGCACAACAAAUACAGUCUAUGGGUUGUUUUGCAAUUUGACGUGUAGUCCAAACUGUAUAGAAUCCCAAUGCAACAGAACGACAGGUGAUUGUAAUAAUGGAUGCAUUAAAAAUAUGUAUGGCCAAAAAUGUGAGUAUAAAUGUCCAGAAUCAUGUGAAGUAAAGGGCGAGAAUUCCAAAUGCGACUUUGAAGGUCAAUGCCUAUAUAAUUGCAAAGCCGGUUACCAAGGACGAUCUUGUAAUAUUGUUGACACAAAGGCAAGUAAAGUUUCAACAGCCGCAGUUGCUGGAGGCGUGGUUGGAAGUCUGAUUCUUGCUAUGGCAAUUUUUUUACUCAUUGUCCAAACACUGCGGAGGGAAAAGAACAAACAACGAAACUCUUCCCAACAUGUUUAUGUUAAUGUUUCCGGCAAUAGCACUUCAGUUCUUAAAAAAAACGAUGAAACGGUGUCUCAUGGUCCCUUUGUCGAGAGUGUGAAUCCAAACUACAAAUAUUCCCCCAAAAUAGAAAUAAAGACACAAACACAAGAAAAGCAAUCAGGCGAAAAGAGAAAGCUACCAGGAAGACAACCUGCAAAGUCCGUGACAAGCGCAAUGCUUGAAAUAGAUGAAAAUGAUGCUUGUGGGCGUGAUUUCGUUAACAAAGCUGAAGAUAAUGACGGUGCAUAUUACAACGAUGCAAAUGACGUUAAUACAAACAAGGUGCCGGUUGAGUCUUUGGCGCGAAGUGUAUACGGAAAGACAGACAGAGAAUUCGAGGAAGAAUUCCAGAACUUUCCAAGCGGCCUCACGAAAUCGUACCAUGCCUCGCACCUAAAAGAAAACGUCUCCAAAAACAGAUACCGGGGAAUAUAUCCAUAUGACGAUUCAAGAGUGCGGAUCAAAGGAGGAGACUCGGAUUACAUCAAUGCCAGUUUUAUCGAUGGCUACAACAUGAAACGCGCGUACAUUGCUACACUGGGGCCAAUGUCGAAACAGCUUGGAGAUUUUGGUAUAUUCUGGCAAAUGGUUUGGCAACAAAAGGUUGAAACGAUUGCCAUGGUUACCAAUCUGAUUGAAGACGGGAAAGAUAAAUGUGAUCAGUACUGGCCCGACCCUGGUGUCAGUAAGACGUAUGGCGAUAUCACGGUGUCGUGCUACACGGAAAACAAAUAUACAGAAUUCACAAAGAGAGUGUUUUCAGUAUCUAAGGUCAAGCGGAAAAAAAGGAUGCUGCACCACCUACACUUCACUUGUUGGCCCGAUAGAGAUGUCCCCGAUGAUGUCACCGCUAUAAUUGAGUUCAGACAGGCGGUGUUGAACUCGCCACAACAGUUCAAUGGUCCACUGCUUGUUCAUUGCAGUGCCGGAGUGGGAAGAACAGGGACAUACAUUGCACUUGAUAUUUUGACCAAAGAAGGAGAGGCCGAAGGAGCUAUUGACAUUCCUGGAUGCGUCGUCAGCAUGCGGCAAAACAGGCCUAACAUGAUCCAGACACUGAUUCAGUACAAAUACCUUCACACAUCUCUGGUUCAUUCAUUGACUCUCAGCUGUAGUCCAAUCAAAGCAGAAGACUUCCAGCAAUACCUGAACCGUACGAGAGAUUCCGAAUUGGUGCACCUUUAUGAGAAAAUUAACUUGACUGUUGAAACAAUGUCAAAUGAGGAAAUGAUAGCAGUAGAAAGACACAAGACAGAGACUAAAGCGAAUAGACUCCAUGCAGACAUCCCAGGAGAUAAGAACAGGCCACGAUUAUAUCUCAACCUAAAGCCUGGCGAAUCUGAUUACAUCAAUGCUGUUUACAUCGACAGUUUCACUGCGAAGGACCGUUACCUUAUUUGCCAAACUCCCUUGAACGAAACUGUGUCGGAUUUCGUCACCCUUGUGAUGCAAGAACGAUGCUCAUGUGUCGUCAGCUUUGAAAGUGAAAUGGAAAAACAUAGGAACGUGGGAUUGUACUACCCAGCUGACAAUCAGGAACUUGUAAUUGGUGAUAUUACAGUCAGAAGUCACAAAGUUAAAGGCAAGGAUUGCUACCAGAAAAGAACGCUGACAAUUACACACGACACUGCGAACGGACAUUCAGAUGUGCGCACAUUACCACAUCUACAGUUUAAAGACUGGGAUAAAAAGCACAACGUUCCAAAAUCUACCCAGAAUUUCCUGGCCUUCAUUGAAGAUGUUGACGCGGCAGCGAAGGCGUCACGACAUGAUGGACCGAUACUCGUCCAUUGCUUAGACGGCGCAAUCAAGAGUGGUCUAUUCUGUGUGGUAUCACUCCUUCUACAAAGAAUUGCUGUGAACCAGGAAGUUAGCGUAGUGAAUGUUGUGAGAAAAGUAAGAACAAGGAGGAGGCUUGCUAUUCCGAACAAGGAACAGUUUCACUUCUGCCACGAGUGCGUACUUGGAUACAUCAACACGCGUGAGAGCACUACUUAUUAUAACACUUGUGGUGGACUUGUACGAGGUCAAAACUAGUAAAUGCGUUAUUAAGACCUCUCGAAGACAUCACCUAAAGGGCACGUGGGGUGCUUAUGUACUUGGGAAAACUUUAAACACUACUAGUAAAAUCAAUAGAUUCUACAACAGCUUAAGAAAUGUAUACAGCGAUAGUGACUGGUGCAACAACAUGUCUCUGUAUUAUUGUAUUUACGUAUGGUCUUUAUAUUUGAAAGCUACCAGUGCCAUAUGACAAAAGAUUUUGCACAUAAUAUAAAUACACGAAUCUCUACGUAUACCUUUCCUAGUGCGUGUAUAUUACGCGUAUAUACAUAAGUUGUAGUUGCAUUUGACAUACAAUUCGUUUGAGAACGCUUUUCAUUGUCGUUGAACAAUGUGAAAACAAUGAUACUUGGUUGAACGCGCUCUCAAAAAGAAGUAAAUAAGUAGUCCCCAAGACGAAAGAAAAUGUGCAAUUUUGGAUAUUCAAGUACAUGUAGCUGUUUGUCGCAUAAAUGAUAUGGUGAUCAUGUACAUGUAGAUUUUGUCACAUAUCUAAUAUUGUGAAAAAGCAUAAGUACAAUGUAGCUGUUUGUCACAUAUCUAAUGUUGUGGAAAAUGUAUUUGAAGAGUUUAAAUAGCUCUGGUUAGAAUUUGUUACAUGGUAAUGUAUUCGCGUCUGUGUACAUUUAGUACCCAAAUAACAUCUUUUUGACAUUGUAUAUAGCAUUUUAUUGUAUAAACCUUGCCUUAGAGUCUUUGAUUAUACAAUUUCACUGGUAGCAUUAAAUAUUGAUCGUAUCAAAUUAUACUAAUUUACUGUAUUAACUACCUAACAAAAACAUAUAUCGACAACUAUUUACGAUUUCAUAAUGUGAAGAAAAGUAAUAAUUAUAUACAUGUAUACUUCUAAUCGAUUCAAAUUUCUAACUUGAAUACUAUCCGAGUACAAAAAUUCAAACAUAUAUUGGUCAACUUCAUUUAAACAAUGUUAGUAAGCUUACGUAAACAUUUGAUAUAUUUGUUCGUUCCAUUAACCGGUUACAUCAGUUAUCAUGCAAUAAAAAUGGUUGAGUAUAUUAUUUUAAUAGCUCUUUAUUUUUUGAAGAUUUUAUACAUAUGUCUACCUUCUUAUAUAGGUUAUUGAAGAAGUGUAAACACUUUUAUAACUACUCUGAUGUAUUUGUAAUAAGCAAACACUGAAACAAUACACAAAUAAACGGCGUUUACGUUAUAUCGUUUAUUCUCUCUGCACCAUAAGUCAUGUCAUGUAAGAAUUAGCAUAUCAUUUUUUUUUCUUAUUUAUUCAAUCAGUUGUAUACUGUACUAUUUAACUGUGACCUCUGCUAUGGAAGAAUGUCAUGUUAUAUUGAAUGUUAAAACUGUUGGUAAAGGUUUAUUUAAAUGUUAUCUAUUUAAGUGUAUAUAUUUUACCUUUUUAUGUUUGUUAAGAAUAAAUGAAU